AUGGCAAAAGAAGUAACAAUGUGCACGCAAUUACAACAAUGGAGCCCCGUCAAGGAAACAGCAGGUGCUCCGAAUAUUCCGCCACAAGUGGGCUAUUGUUUUCACUCGCCUAAAAAGCACCCUUGGCGACCAAUCAUGGGCUAUGAAGAAAUUGAAGUUACUCCUAUGCCAUCGCAACCUAUAACCAAUACGAUGGUAGAUCCUUGCUACACCCCGACGGGAAUGGCAGCGGAGCCCCUUCGCUUCCCGAACUUGGUGACAGGAUUUGACCGAAGCCCCGAACACGCAGCCCGAGCUGCACUCUACACCCGUUACACUCAAUACGAGUGGAACCAGAACAGCAUCAAGAAUUACAACGAGUCUGAUGCAAAGCGGAAUUUCUCGGAGCGUGUCAGAAAUGAUAUCAUGAGGAUGUUGAGAGAGACUGAUGAGAUUGGUACUCAAGGUCAGCGUGACUCUGGGAGACGUAUCGGAGAACGUAUCACCGAUACGACCUUUUGGAGAAAUGAGGUAUCAAUUGAAAUGGAGCGUCUUGUAUCCACUUGCGAGAAGUUGAACGACACUCGAAGACAAUUGGAGCGAGCCAUCGCCGGUAUUGAAGGACCACUGCAUAUCGUACAGGAGUGUCUCUACCAUCGGGAGAAAAGACAGGGUCUGGAACAAGUCCAUGACGCUGUAGAGCAGUCUUUGCUUAAGGAAGUGGCGAUACUACGCGAGUGUCAGGACAAGUUCAGAAACAUGCUGGAGAAGGUUCGUCAGCAAUCUAAAAACUGUCGCGCCACACAACACGAGUUGGAGUCAGACAUGCGGAACAAGGAAUAUUCCCUCGGUAUUGACAACAUGUGCCAUCAGCUCAAUAACUUCUCCAAGGGCCUGCAAUUCUACGCGGGCAUCGAACGCUACGACCCGUCAGUGUGUGACACUGAGCGCUGGGCAGCUGCCAGUGCUGCUACACUGCAGAGGUCGCAAUCCGAACGCGCUAAGGCCGUGCAAAUGCUCUCCGAUGCCGAGAACCUGGUGAACGUAUCGGCGACGGAGAUUUGGGACCAAUGGAGCAACACCAACAGCGCUUUCACGAGACGCAUCGCCGAGACCAUCGAGAUCAAGAACAAGCUGCAGUUGCACUUGCACAAGGUUCAGCAAGAAAUGUUUGACGUGGAGAAGACUCUAGAACUGCUAAACAAGGCUAUCGAAGACAAAUUGCAGCCGCUGAGGGUGGCUCACACCCGACUCCAAGCUCGGACCAACAGACCGCACCUGGAGAAGUGCCGAGAUGAAGCGCAGAAUAGAUUGGUGAAAGAAUGCUGUGAUCUCCAAGAGACUAUGGAGACCUUGAGGUCAAAGAUAGCUACGGCCGAAGGCACUCACCAGACUUUACUUGGCGUACGAGCGGGGCUGGAAGCGGACCUGCGCAACAAGUCGACCACGCUGUUCAUAGACAGGGACCAAUGUAUGGGACUGAGGCGGGGCUACCCGGUGACUGCUGCUAUCAAAGCUUAA